AUGGAUCUGGAGAACAAUGUAGAUCGAGACAAAUGGGAGUUAGGCUCAGCGGCGGAGUUCGUGCGCUGCGACGUCACGGUGGAGGAAGAGAUCGCCGGUGCCGUGGAAAAGACGGUGGCGAGGCAUGGGAAGCUAGACGUGAUGUAUAACAAUGCAGGGAUCGUGGGACCCACGAAUCCGGCGAGCAUAUCAGAGCUAGAUAUGACGGAGUUCGAGAGAGUGAUGAGGAUUAACGUCUUUGCCGUCGUCUCCGGGAUUAAACACGCAGCUAAGGUUAUGAUUCCGGCUCGCUCGGGGUCUAUUUUGUGCACUUCAAGCAUGGCAGGUGCGUUUGUUUAA